UCUUUCUUCGCACUUCACUUCACUCACACCCGAGUGUCACACACUCCUCGCGCGACAGUAGUGAUCUGCGUUUGUUUCACUGAGCGCCGCUGGAAACAAUGGGAGCGGAGCCGCUUUGUGUUGUGUCGGACAGAGACUGACGCGCUUCUCUGUGUUUGUUGAGGACUUUCUGCUGAUAGUCUCAUAUAUUCAGGAUCUCGUUAUCAAGCUUUAACACAAUGGGCUGCUGCAGCGGACGGUGCACCCUUAUAUUUCUGUGCACGUUUCAGUUGAUGGUGGCGCUAGAGAGGCAGGUGUUUGAUUUCUUGGGCUACCAGUGGGCUCCUAUCCUUGCAAACUUCUUCCACAUCCUGGUGGUCAUCCUGGGCUUGUUUGGCACUAUUCAAUAUCGACCUCGCUACAUUGUGGUGUAUACUGUGUGGACAGCGCUGUGGGUGGCCUGGAAUGUCUUUCUCAUCUGCUUCUACCUGGAUGUUGGAGGUCUAUCAAAGGACAGCGACCUCUUGACAUUUAACAUCUCGGCACACCACUCCUGGUGGAGCGAGCACGGGCCAGGCUGUGUCCGAAGAGAGAUCCCCGCCAGCGGAGACCGCAGUGCAGACACUCAGUCCUAUAUAUCCAUCAUGGGCUGCCUGCUGGAGUACCAGUACAUUGAAGUCCUGCACAGCAGCUUCCAAAUCCUUAUCUCUCUGCUGGGUUUCGUCUACGCCUGCUACGUCAUCAGUGUCAUCACCGAGGAGGAGGACAGCUUUGAUUUUAUUGGUGGAUUUGAGCCAUUCCCUCUCUACCAUGUCAAUGAGAAACCAUCUCAUCUUCUGUUAAAGCCUGUGCCUCAGUCUUCGUAAAUGAAAGUGUGUUGUGAAGAAGAGGCGCUCUGCCCAUUCCUCCUCUCUGCUCCUCACCUCCCGCCUCUCCUCUGUUUAAAACGCUACCUAAUCGUCCCUAAAUCAGCCAUUUCUGGAGAACUGGACAAAACCCAGCUGCUCCAUCAGACGCUCCGGCACAUCGCUCCAGCUGCCUCAUUUAGACGCUCUUACAAGUGGAUGUAAAACAUAUCGAAACAAAAAGACCCAUUAUUUUGUUGGUGUGGUGUGUGGUCCAUGCGUUUGAGUUAUUCAAGAGGAGGUCAGAUGUUGAGGUUCAGCAGUUCCAGCUCUGUGUUUGUGUGUGUGCAGGAGGGCCAAAUAUAAUGUGUUUAGGAUCUGCACAGUCAGACCGAGCAGGGAGCAGAGAGGAGGAAAACAUAAAAAAACAACAACAAAUUGACCCGUGGCAGUCAAAAAUAGAAGCAAAGGAAGUGUAAAAUAUAAAUACAAGAAACAAUUAGAGCUCUUUUGUGUCAUAGUUUGAUGUACCAUUCUCAUAAUUCACUGUAAAAUUCAGUUUUAGUCUUUUUUGUUUUGCUUUAAGACUUGAUUUAUAUGCAGUGAACCCUCAAUCGCUGUAUUUAGACACUUAAAUCACAUGAAACAAUGUAUAAUAGUUAUUCAGUUGUCUGGCUGAUUUGUUUUCAGAUGCUUAUUAAUUGAUUUGCAUCUAAUGCAAUUGCAUUUUUGGGGAUACUGUGCAUGUUGUCUGUGUUUUUAAUGUUAAUAAUCCUCAUUUAUUGCACAGUGUGUUUGCAUCAGCCUUUAGAUCGAACAGAAACUAGUUUUGGCCUUCCUCUGGUAGUCACUGGCAGUACACUUAUUACAUAACCUCAGUUGGUAUUAUAACAGGACUGGCUGAUGUUACGAAACAGAAAACGGUUCUUUCAUCUGAAUGGUGCUUUUGUGAUCAAAUAUUAGUUUGUGAACAAAUCGUCAGCAUGUCUUUCUGUGAAUAUGAGUAGCGGUUGAGUGGCUGUCAAUGUCUUUCACUGUAGAUGCAGAGCUACUGUAGCUGUUUACUGGAAACAUAAACCUCAAAGCACAAAUGACUGACCUGACAUGUAUCAUAGUGUGUGUGACAUGUUUUGAAGAGAGGGACUGUGUAUUUCUUUCCAAACUGAGAUGUGAAGGCCAAAGGUCAGUACUUUCAUUGUCUGAUAGUUGCUUGUUAUCCCAGAUGUUUCAUAUCACGAGACUUGUGUACUGUAUGGGCAGCAUUUUGGGUGCUCGUGGCCUGGAUGUUGCUAUUGCUUUUAAGUCUUUCUUAUUCCGUUUGAAAUGCCAAAAGGUGAACUUUUGAAAAAUGCUCAUGUUGCUCAUUUUCCAAUGAAAGAAAGCGCCAUAAAAGUGGUCACUCUUAGCAAUAAAGGUUCUGUAUUGGCAUCUGGGGUUCCAUGAAGAGUUCCAUGGAACCUUUUGUGUAAUAGAUAUUGUUCUGUACUAAGAAAAAAAAAGGUUCUUUAAAGAACUGUUCUGUUUUUACGUCAACCCCCUUUUGACACCUUUAUUUUUAAGAUUGCAUAUGACUACUGUAUCUUCAAAGUCAUCUGAAGUCCUGUAUUAGCUUUGUGCUUUUGUUGUUGGAAAAGAGCAGCUUGAACAUUCUACAGAACAUCUUCUUUUGUGCUCCUCAGAAGUAAGUAAAUCAGCAGUUUUGCAUCAACAUAAGGGUGAGUGAAUGAUGAAUAAUUAGAUGAACUUAUCCUUUAAAUGUUGGAGUUUGGGGAGGCCUUAUCAAUUAGCAAUGAACUAAAUGUCAUAAACUACCGUUUUCAGCUUAAUAACGACUUACAGUUAUCUUGUUCAACGUUGUUGGAUCCUCAUAAUGGUCAUGGAUCUGUCCUGCCCCCUAGUGUUCAAUGUCUUUCUGUACAAGACAACUCGAGUGUAUGGACCAGGAAAACUGCCUUUUCUACCCCUCUCUUUUGUAUUUGUAGAGUUUAGGAUCUUCAGCAUACUCCAGCAAUGGUAGUCUGCUGCAGAAGUGUUAUAAGGAGAAACAGAACGACACCUCUCCCCUCAUCUCUUUUUACAGGUGUUUUUGUCUCUCUAUUCUGUGUUUGGUCUCUUCUCCAUAGUUCUUUAUUGACUGCCUGUCCAUCGACACGUUUGCUGACCAGAGUGUAAAUAGAUGUUUGUUAAUAAAAGUAUGCUUUUCAUCUACUGA